AUCCCGGCAGGAGCGCGAGAGGGGGCCCUGGGAAAGGAACGCGUGCAUUUAUUCAUCGCAAGUGUGCAAGGCUCACCAAUUGAGAGGCAGAGGCAGCACUAGUCGGGCUUGGGUAUUCUAGCCUCUCUGAAUAUAAUUUCGGAUUUAGAUUCAGCUUAAAUCCAAAGGGAAAACACUUUAUAAGGCUGAAAGCUGCGUAGUUGCAACAGCCAGGGUUAUGAGCUAUCAAAGGCAAUUACAUUAGAAUAGAUUAUACUGUGUAAAUUGAGCCAUUUAGAAGGUGAGAACCAAAGAAACAGCUCAGAUCCCCCCUUCUUUCUAAAUUGCAGUUUUAGUUCCUUGCAAUUCUGAGGCACCAAAGUAGGUGAGACUGCUUUUGUAUCUGCAAAGUGCUUUAUUUCUGAGUGUAAUUCUAACUGAGUGCAAUCUAGGUUAAAAGCUGGACAACUGGGUAAUUAGAGCUCACUUGCUGCUAAAGGACGAUCAGCUGUACCGUAGCUCAUUUGUGUUCCCAGAGACUUGCUCUCCUCUCCCCUGAGCGGAGGCUGCUGGAGAAGAAGCAUCUGUGCCCGGACUUUUCUUGAUUGCGGAGAUGAUGGUGCUGGACAAGGAGGACGGUGUGCCGAUGCUAUCCGUACAACCCAAAGGGAAGCAGAAGGGCUGCGCCGGCUGCAACCGAAAGAUCAAGGACCGGUACCUGCUGAAGGCUCUGGAUAAGUAUUGGCAUGAAGACUGUCUAAAGUGUGCCUGCUGUGACUGUCGUCUUGGAGAGGUUGGAUCAACUCUUUACACAAAAGCAAAUCUCAUUCUCUGCCGCAGAGAUUACCUGAGGCUCUUUGGUACCACCGGGAAUUGUGCUGCCUGCAGUAAACUGAUCCCUGCCUUUGAGAUGGUGAUGAGGGCCAGAGAUAAUGUUUACCAUUUGGACUGCUUUGCCUGUCAGCUCUGCAACCAGCGAUUCUGCGUGGGAGACAAAUUUUUCCUGAAGAACAACAUGAUCUUGUGUCAGAUGGACUAUGAGGAAGGGCAGCUGAACGGGAGCUUCGAGUCCCAGGUUCAAUAACAGCCCCUGCUUCGCUGGAGCACUGUGGGAUGGGCGCUUGGCCGCACGAGCAGCGAGGGCGUCUGUCAGCUUGCCUGCAAUAUUUUUUUAAUUCUUGGUCCAGAGAGGACUAUAUACAUUGUAGUACUUUUCCCCCCCAACACAAAGCAGUUACAAUUUUAGAUGUACAGUUGUGCCUGCUUAGCUGAGCACUGCAUUGCCUGUAUGUUUGUGAGUUUUUGGGGUCUGGGGGAGGGCUCUGUACAGUCUGUUUUCUGUAUAUAAACUGGAACAUUUAUUUUAUGAAAAAUGUAAUGCAAUUUUAUUACUGGUGUGAAUUAAAAAUUAUGAAUGUUUCCUGGUCA